AUGGCCGCCGUCGUAAAAGCGAUCAAUGCGAAGAUACGGUCCAACAAGGUGUUGGACUACUUCUGCUCAACACAUUUCUGGGGCCCAGCCUCCAACUUCGGUAUUCCAGUCGCCGCGGUCAUGGAUACCCAAAAAGACCCCGAAAUCAUCUCUGCACAAAUGACCGGUGCAUUGGUCAUCUACUCUGGAACCUUCAUGCGUUAUUCCCUCGCCGUUACGCCCAGGAACUACCUUCUUUUCGCAUGCCACUUCAUCAACUUCGGAGCCCAAUUGACUCAAGGAUACCGGUGGAUGAACUACUGGCAGUGGGGAGGACGAGAGGCAGUUCUCGCAAACCAGGCCAAGGAAGCCGGCGCCAAAGUAGGAAAAGUUGCUGCUGAACCUAGCUCUUCUUCAUAG